AUGAAGUACUUACGUCUUGCGAGCUUUGCAGUCAUUCUAUCGCUCCCUCUAGCACUUACUGGCGGUGAUGCGAGUGGCGGGUCUGAUUGUUGCAAAUUCACGAUCUCGUCGGCGGGCACGUUUGAGUGCCCAGCUGGGCAGCUUCAGGAUGGGCAAAUCCGACUAAACGGGUCUUAUGAUACAUCCUCCUUCUGUAUUGAUCAGGGAGGUGAAAUCACGGACCAGCAUGGAUUCGGGUGUAUAGUGACAGACCCUCCAACGACGCAGUUCCAAUGCGACCAGGGAAAGGAGCCCACCAAAGGGUUUUCUAUCAGCCCCAACAACACGCUGCUGUACCAAGGCUCGCCGUCCUUCUUUGCCUGUCCAGCCACUGACGCAGAAUAUAACAUCUACGUGUCGCCGAAUUUCGGCCAGCAGAAGUGCUUCCCAAUCACGUUGCAGACCAGUGGCUGCGGCUCCCAAGCGGGCCAGACCUGCUCUACGGCCACCACGACGCUUUGGCAGACACAGUGGACCACACAGAUUGCUAAUCAUACUGUCACACACACGGAGACGACUACCCUGCCCUGUUCUACAGCAGCUAAUGAGACCACGCCUGUCACCUCGCCCGGAGGGUGCACCAAAGGCACUGGGUGCACCCAUCAGCCCAGUACCACGGGAAUCUGGAACACAACGGCUCACGACAUGACUACGCUUGCACCACCUGACACCACUGGACCUCGAAGGUGGUUUAAACCAGAACAAGAUAACAUAGGCUUCAUCAAUUGUUUGGAUUAUUUCAUCUCCAAAAGGCGCGGCUUAUCUCCCCCUUGCCCAGAUGAUUUUGUCACCGCCGUGCCGUGCAUUGGUGUCGCAUCAGCGGGCGUCGAUAACGUCCACCUGAGUCGCCGAGAGACAGAAAACCGGAUAUGA